AUGAUCGUAGUGGGAGAUCACAGUCAUCAUGACAGGGAACAGUUAAACAUGGAAGGAGGACAGAAAGGAUCUGAAGGUGAUGAGGAACGAAAUAGGAAAAUAAAUUGGCGUCAUUUUUUCAUCGUCUGUUCGGUGCUUAUUUCGGCUUAUCUCAUUAACGGUGAAUAUGCUCAAACAGUAUGCAAUAUAUGCACCACCGUACCGGCUGCUAUUUUUACUUAUGGACAACUUUCUGACCAUGCAACUCGGGUUUUUGCUUAUAAGGCAACGCUUUUCUACUGGUCAAUUCAUGGAAUUUUGGUUGCAUUUGAUAGCAUAUUUGUGGAUGCAUUUGGAUAUUUCUUCGGUAAAUUCAUCCUUCUUGUCGUGCUAUUUUUCAAUGUCGUUUAUCAGCACGAUAAUGCCAAAAGUCUUAUGGAGCAGCAACAACAACAACGCCGUAAUGCAAUGAGUAAUUCGAUCGUUAGCACCAGAACACCUGUUCCUUUCCCAACUUCACCUUAUGGAUCACAAAUUGGUGUCAAUACUGCAUUGACAAUUACCGAUGCUACGCAGCUUUCUGCUGAAAGUCCAUUCAAAAGUCAUCGAUCGCUGCAUUAUAAUAACCUAGCAACAGCCUAUUCAUUGGCUCACAGCCCAGAGAUGACCGCCUACCUGGAUACCUCUUACACUCACGAUGGAUCUCUAAAAACUGUUGCUCCUACUGAAAAGCAAUAUGAAUUUGGAAUAUAUCAGCAAACUGCGCCAAAUAAUUCAUCAGUGCUAUCAGAUUCCGCCGAAGAAAAUGAUCAUUCAGAAAAUGAUGCUGUAAAAUCGAUUCCUGCUGGCGAUUGCCAGGAAGCGGAUAACGAGGCUUUUUAUGUGAAAAACAAACACAAUUGUCCAAUAAUGUGGGCUCUAAAAACUAAUGCAAUUAAACGUAUAAUUGCACAGCCUACGUGUGGUACUUUGGGAAAGGACGCUACCGUACACAUUAAAAUUGGAGUUAAAGCAGCACCAUCUAAAGAAUCCAAAAUGAAUGAUCGUAUUGCCAUUGAUUACUGUCUAAUUGAUGAUGAUACGGUCGGUUUUGAUCGCUCAUUUUUGUACAACACUGAGGAUCCAUUCCGUCGACGCAAAAAAUUCAAUAUUUAUUACAAAAACUAA